AUGUACUCAAAUGAAGACGAUAAUCAAAGACGAUAUCAUUCUAUUGGUAGAUUAGUUGAUAAUCACGUAUAUACUCUUCUAGAGAGAGUAUGUGAAUUACAACGUAUAACAAUACCAAUUGAUCCAAGAAAUAAUGAACCAACUGGAUUCUUCUUUGCUAGUGAUGAUAUUCUGUCAGCCAAGUUUCUUAUGAUAAUAAUACAUGGUACAGGAGUUGUACGAGCUGGACAAUGGUCACGAAAAUUAAUUAUCAAUGAAAAUUUGUCAGUUGGUUCACAAAUUGAUUAUAUACUAAGAGCUAAAGCACAUGGUUAUGCAGUUAUUGUUACUAAUACGAAUUUAAAUAUUGAUGAAUCUUUCCAAUCAAUUCAUAAUAAGCCACGCUAUAUUCGUGGUAGUUCAUGUGCUGAAGAACAUGCAUGUUAUAUAUGGGAAAAUUUUAUUCAACGAAGUUCUGCUCCUUAUAUUUGUAUCGUAGCACAUUCAUAUGGAGGUGCUGUAGUGUUGAAAUUGGCAUCUCAAUAUAUGUCCGAGUUUGAUAAACGUGUUUUUGCUGUAGCAUUAACUGAUUCACCUAUGAGCACCUAUGCAAAAUAUUUUAGUUCAAAUGUUUUAAGGAUGUUACAAAUGAGAACAAUCAAUUGGAUUGCUAGUCCAGUUCAAGUCAAUACAGAUGUAGGUAUUCGUGAAUAUGGUCGAUUACGAUCUGCAGGGCAUACAUCCCAUGAAUGGACAUCAUAUACAGCGUUUGAUGGUAUCUUUCAAUUUCUCAAAGAAGAACGUCAAAAAUUAGAACGAUAUAAAUAUUAA